AUGCAAUCGCGUUGCGUUGGAUCCGGUGUCUUUGGUAGCGCUGCCAGGGGAGACUUCGUGGGCGGCAGGGGCGGGGUGCGCGCCUUCUUUGAUGAGGCAGUCGGCCGGGCCAAGGAGAAGCAGCGGGAAGCCGAGAAGAAGCUGCGCCGCGCGCGGGACGUGUUCGGCUCUUUCCUGCGGCACGCGCGGGGCCUCGGCGCUGACACGACCUGGGCGGAGUUUGAGGCGGCAUUCAAAGACGAGCCCGAGUUGAAGGGGGUGGGGCUGGAGGUGGCGAAGCAGAUGUUCGAAGCGUUCAUUGAAAAGCUUGGGCAGCAGCAGCAGCAGCAGCAGCAGCAGCAGCAGCAGCAGCAGCAGCAGCAGCAGGGCAAGCGGCGCCGCAGCGACCAACCGGAGGAAGGGGAGGUGCCCACUGCCGCAAACGGCGGCGAUGGCGGCGGCGCCGGCGGCGGCGGCGGGGCAGAUGCUACAGCAGCGCCGGCGGAGGGCGGGCCACAGUCGCACAGGGAGGGGCGGCGGGACAGCGGCGGGCACAAGCACAAGAAGCGGAAGAGCAGCAGGCACCGCGAGCGCGGUGGCGACGACGGCAAGCACAGUGGCGACGGCAAGGGCGGCCGCGACGGCAAAGGCGGCGGUGGCGAAAAGCGCAGUGGCGAAAGCAAGCACAGUGGUGACGGCAAGCACAGCAAGGACGGCAGCGGCAAGCGACGCCGCCGCAGCCGAAGCCGCAGCCGCAGCCGCAGCCGCAACCGCAAUCGAAGCCGUGGUGCCGA